CAAACUCUCAUUGUUCUUGUCAAACUCUAGUUUUGCAAAGUAGGCUUCAUUCAAAUGGGUUGGGGAUGUCGUGCCGUCUAUUGUUUUUGGAGGGUUCGGAGUUCUCACUCUGCGUAGGUUAGAAUGAGUCCUUCUCGCAAGAUCAAGAUUGUUAAGAAGCGAACUGUCUCUUUCCCCCGUUUCCAGGCGGAUAAGUUCAAGAGAAUGAAUCAGCACUGGAGAAAGCCCAAGGGUAUUGAUGGACGCUGCAGACGCCGCUUCCGUGGUGCCACUCUGAUGCCCAACAUUGGUUACGGAUCGGAUGCCCGCACCCGCAACAUGCUCCCCUGCGGACUGUACAAGUUCACCGUGAGCAACGUGAAGGACCUGGAGCUUCUGAUGAUGCACAACGAGAAGUACUGCGCUGAGAUCGCUCACAGCGUGUCUUCCCGCAAGCGCAUGGAGAUUGUCAAGCGUGCUAAGGAGCUGUCUAUCCGUGUGAUCAAUGCAAAGGCCCGCAUCGCGAAGGUGGAGUCGGAGGCGAACUAAACUUCUGGUGAAGAGUUUUGACAAUG